AUGCAGAUCUUCGUGAAGACCCUCACGGGCAAGACAAUCACCCUUGAGGUGGAGUCCAAUGACACCAUUGACAACGUGAAGGCCAAGAUUCAGGAUAAGGAGGGAAUCCCCCCGGACCAACAGCGCCUGAUCUUUGCGGGCAAGCAGCUGGAGGAUGGCCGCACCCUGUCCGACUACAACAUCCAGAAGGAGUCCACCCUCCACCUGGUCCUGCGCCUGCGUGGUGGAAUCAUCGAGCCCUCCCUGCUCAUCCUGGCCCGCAAGUACAACCAGGACAAGAUGAUCUGCCGCAAGUGCUAUGCCCGCCUGCACCCGCGCGCGGUCAACUGCCGCAAGAAGAAGUGCGGACACAGCAACCAGCUGCGCCCCAAGAAGAAGCUGAAGUGA